CUCGCCGUUCUCUUGUUCCUGCCUACUCCGCUUCGGAAUGGCGCAGGUCUGUUAUCGAGCUGCCAUCGGCGAUGACGAUCGUCGCUGUGAAUUUUGCAGCACACUAUUCACCCAGAGGAAGAACAUGCUGCAACACAUCAGGAACAUCCACAAAGUGGCCGUGGAUGUCAAGAAAUUGAUGAAAUGCGACGUAUGUGGCAGCGCCGUGCCUACAAUGGAGAAGUAUUCGGAGCACCACAUCGCUGCGCACAACUUCGACGCUGAGUACGCGCACAUGGUGUUCCGGAACGAUAAGGAAUUUCAUGAAUGGAAAGCAAGAGAAGAGGCUAGCCAGAACUGCUGGUUCAUUUUGCCAAGGGGUGCCAAAAAGCUGGCCAGUGGAGAUACAAGGAUUCACUAUUACUGUAAUAGGUCAGGCGAGGCGAGGAAAAAGGAAGGUCAUGGUGACCGUCGGGAGAAAAGUCAGGGAAGCUGCAGGUCUGGUAAGGUGUGUCUUUCAUUUAUUACUGUCACAAAGGAGGACAGCACUCGGAGUCGGACACCUGAAGGCACCACCAUAAAAGUCAGGUAUCAAAGAAUCCAUUAUGGUCAUAAAGCAGAAAUUCAGCACUUGAGAAUGAGUGACAAGGAAAAGAUCAGCAUAGCAGAGGACCUAGAACGAGGUGUGCCCAUGAAAACCAUCCUAAAACGAAUAAGAACAUCUGUUGCAGCCAAGCUGAGGCCAAUGCAUUUGGCAGAGCGCUCGAGCUUUCAUAACAUCAAACGGCAGUUUAGCAUUGCUGCUCCUGAGCGUUGUCAUGCUAAUGAUGCUGUCAGUGUAGACACGUGGGUGCUUGCAAUGAAAGAAAAAGGUGAAGCACUUGUCCGCCUGUACAAGGCACAAGGUGCAGUAGACCCAAGUGGUACAUUUUCUUCAGCAGAUUUUGCUCUUGUUCUGAUGACAGAGCCUCAGAGGGAGCUACUAGAAGAAUUGGGCCCUGCAGGAACUGUAUGUCUUGACUCCACACAUGGCACUACAGGGUACCAGUUUGAGCUGAACACUCUUCUGGUGCUAGAUGAAGUAAGAUCAGGUGUACCUGUAGCUUAUUUCAUCUGCAACCGCAUGAAUGAGCUAACUCUUACAGCAUUCUUUAAAUGUCUGGAGUCUGCCAUGGGCAAAAAAGUGGCUGCGAAGACAUUUAUGUCUGAUGAUGCCUCGCAAUUCUACAAGGCAUGGUCCACCAUCAUGGGUGCCCCCAAACAGAAACUUCUCUGUGCCUGGCAUGUGGAUAAGAAUUGGCGUAAGAAGAUACAUGAGUGUGUGGAGAAGCAGCUGAGGCCAUUUGCCUACCAUAGGGUGCGGCUACUUUUAGAAUUACCUGAGGAAAAGGAAUUUAAAGACUACCUUGAAAAAUUCCUUGCCGAUGAGAAAGAAAAACUGAAGGACUUUGUGAAGUACUUCAAAGACCACUAUGCAGUUAGGCCACAAGAGUGGGCCUAUUGCUUUAGGAUUGAUGCAGGUGUCAACACAAACAUGCACCUUGAGAGCAUGCACAGGACGUUAAAGCAUAGUAUGCUGGAGGGAAAGCAGAACAAGCGUGUUGACAAACUAAUUUCCGCCCUCAUGAACUUGACAUAUCAUUUUUAAUGAAGAGAGCAAUCUGGAUGAUAAAAGGGGCAAAGGGUAAGAAGUUGAGCACAAUUGCGAAGAACCACAGGUCUGGCAGUGACAUGGCAGCAUGUGCCAAAUUAAACGAAGAUGGCACAUGGACUGUGCCAUCUCAGUCUAUUAAAGGGCUCUCGUAUAAAUUGUCAAAAGUGGGAGAUGGUGCUUGCUGCCAUUUGAGGUGCAAGGAAUGCGCAGUGUGUGUGCAUACUUACACGUGCACUUGCAAUGACCAUCUUGUACACUGCACAGUGUGCAAGCACAUUCACUGUGUGGUCAUCGCUAAUCCAAUCAGCAGUGACAAGAGCCAUGAGAGCUCACCCGAAGAAUCAUGCGACGCAAACCAGGCACUGCACCUUGUGCAGAGUAUAACAAGGCUGGAGGCAGCCAAAGCAGUGUCAAGCUCGGCACUCUUUACAGCGAAAAUGGAGUCAGUCAGACAAGCAAUAUCAGAUGGUGAAGUCUCCGAGGAAGUAGCUAAAAAGGCAAACAAGUUGUUUGAGCCAGUCUUCGCGCUUGUUGAAAGUGACCGAAAAAGAAAGAUGCCAGACGAUUCGAAUGAACCGGCCAACAAAAAAGUUGUGCACCAAUUAAGAUUUCACUCUACAAGAAACCCUAGAUUGUCCCAGCCAUCAUCUAGCCUUUCAAGGCCCACUGAAGCUCAAAAGGAAGUCCUUAAACUGCAGCUUAUGGACAGCAACAUAGAAACUGAAGAGAUAACCACGUCAGCAGGGCACGAUUACUGGUAACAAGCCUGCAGUGCAGUGAGGAAGAGAGAAGUGGUGCAGUAGUGUUGUGCUGUCAUGCCUUAUUGAAGCAGGUUGAAGGCUCGCAUGCUAACAAGUCGUGACCAUCUGUUCUUGUCUGUGGUGUGCAGCCAUAUGUCACAGCUGGAUGGUAUGUGUGUUAGAGCACGAGAGAUGCCUCCAUGCUUGUCAUAUGAGCUGCUGGUAAGUGUUCUGUGACAGUAGGUACAGACCCAGAGCUUGUCUCUGGUAUGUGGCUACGUGGCAGCUGCUGGAUGGUACGUGUGUUAGAGCACGAGAGGUGCCUCCAUGUUUGUCAUAUGAGCCGCUGGUAAGUAUGUCUGUACUGUGUAAAUAAAUGUAAGGAAGUGCAUUUUAUGGCGUGCAAUGUUUCAGUGUGCGAAAGCCUCCAAGGUGUUUUGCAACUUACAAAUUCGUGUAAUGCUUCUUAGCGCAGUGGUUAUGGUGUUGCAUACCUGAGCUUGAGCUUGCGGGUUCAAUCCUAGCCAAGGUGGCUGCAUUUCAGUGGUAGUGAAAUG